AUGGCAUCCUCAUCCUCCGCUAUCGAAAAGCUAGUAUUUAUAGCUCCAUUAAGGCCGGGACUAAAUCAUCGGUGCAGCCACAACUUUGUUGUAUCCAGCAUCGGCACUGCCCAUCCAAUACCUUCUCCUAGCCGUGUGCGGACCUCUUGUCUAAUAUUUCGUUGCUACGGCGUGGUCUACUACGCGCGCACGCCUGUAUAUUUCAAGUACCGAUAUCGAAAGGUCCACCUUUUGAAAUCGCCUUCUGGAAAUAGGGGCGCCGGAAUCCUUCCGCGUUAUUACGUACGGUGGUUCGCGAUUGCAGAUGGAUACGUUUCCCGAAUUAGACAUUACAACGUGUCUUUGACGACGAACGAUGCUCUCAGUCGUUUCCUUUUCCUUUCAACAUCGUUAGAUUAA